AUGAUGCCUGAAGGGCAGUGUCCUGUGUGCUUGCAAAAGCACGAUGGAGACGGACCUUGGUGGAGGUGCUCACCUUGCGGCUCUGAACUUUGCCGCUUUCGUUUUGAAGAGACCUGCAGUUUGACAGGCGUCUUGCAGGACCCCCAUGUCGUGUCUCUGCAUUUGUCCUUGGCGUCCGUGGCAGCAGAGGCUUGCCUUUUGGAGCCCUUUCCACAAUCAGGAGAUGGGCGCGAUGGAUGUGGCAAGCUGGGCACAGUGAGGUCCGCCUCUGCCCAGUCCGCUACAGUCCGGUCUGGAGGCUUCCUUGGCUGGUUGUUUGAAGAGCCAUCUGGAGAGGUCAUCACUAAGGCUGCCCCCUGUGCCCAAUGCAGCACCAUGUCUGCAUUGCUUGCGAAGUUUCCAGCAGCAGAAGAGCUUUGUCAGGCCAAAGACCUUGAAUUACAUCAAAUGCUGGAGCAAAGAGGCCCCAACAGUUCUUCGGUGCUGCGACUCUUGAUGGCUAGUUGCCCACUUGUGCUGCAGUCGCUUGAGAGGCCUGAGCAGCAACUUGGCCUGAUCACUGGGCCAAGGGUGCUGGAGUUGGCCGUGCUGCAGGCGGCACCUGCACAGGAAGCUGUCUUUCGCUGCCGCCGGAAGCAGUUUGGCAGCAGCUUUGGUCUCCACGGCAGUCCUCUGCGAAACUGGUAUUCGAUCAUGCGCAAUGGCCUGCGGAUCCUCUCUCACACCGAGCUGAUGGGAAGUGGCGCUCGAUUUGGGCCAGGUGUUUACCUGGCAGACAGAGUGUCGACGGCACAGCACUAUUGUGCUGGCUUUGCAGGAAGCCGCUACAAGAACAAGCUUGGCGAGGCUCUUCAAAUUCUGGCGGUGGUCGAGUACAUUAAGGACCCUGCUGCGCAUCAAGCCCAUAGCGAGGGCAUCACCACAGUAUCGGAUGCCAGCGCAGUCAUGCUGCGUUACUUGUUGGUCUAUGGUUUGUCCAGCCACAUUGUUGUAGACAAGCUGGACGAAGCAGAGGUGAAGCGGCGCUGGACACGGCUUCUGGAUUUAAAAGCACCGAGUGCUUUGAUGCUCGUUCGUUGUUGGACUACCACUUGUCUCGCAUGCUUUGGGAGCUUGCGUUUUGGGAGUAGUAACAUAAAUCAAAAUCAUAAAUAA